AUGAACACCACCCUCUUCCCUCCCCGAAUAGCCCUGCGGGGCCUUCGCAGCGCCCGCGCCUUCUCAACCGCCCGCGUGCUGCGAUCCGACCUAUCCUAUCAAGUCUUCGGCCCCGAAACGGAGGAAGCCACCCGCAGCCCGAUACUCUUCCUGCAUGGGCUGUUCGGCUCGAAACAGAACAACAGAAGCAUCAGUCGAGCACUGGCACGUGAUCUGAAGCGUCAGAUCUUCACUGUGUCGUUCCACUCGCAGGAGCACAACUACGCCGUCAUGGCGGACGAUGUCAUCCAGUUCAUCGAGCAGCAGAAGCUGGGCAAGUGCGUGCUUAUCGGACAUUCCAUGGGUGCAAAAACAGCCAUGGCUGUUGCGCUUGGCUCGCCCGAGCUCGUCUCCGCGCUGGUGCCGGUAGACAACGCGCCGGUCAACGCCGUGCUGAAGAGCGACUUUGGGAAAUACGUCCGCGGCAUGCAGCACAUCGAGGCGCAGAAUGUGACGAAGCAAUCCGACGCGGACAAGAUUCUCCAGGAAUAUGAGGAGUCUCUUCCGAUCCGCCAGUUUCUCCUCACGAACCUUGUGCGGUCCGCGGAGGACCAGACGAUGAAGUUCCGCGUCCCGCUCUCGGUCAUUGGAGCCUCGCUCAGCCACAUGGCUGACUUCCCGUAUCGGGAAUCCGAUGCUGUCACGUACGACGGCCCGACGCUCUUUAUCAGGGGCACCAAGAGCAGAUAUGUCAGCGAUGAUACCAUCCCGGCGAUCAAGAAGUUCUUCCCGCGUGCGGAAAUCGCGGACGUCGAAGCCGGCCACUGGCUCAUCUCGGAGAACCCGGCGGGUUUCAGACAAGCUGUUGUCAAGUUCCUACAGAAGGCGCCAUAUUAUUUGCAUGAGGCGCUAGCCAGGCACUUUUAUGUAUGA